GUUUUUUUCUCUUUCGUUUAGUCAUGUGUGCAAUUUAGCACCUUAUAUGAUUAUUAAAAAUAUUGUAUUUGAUCAUCUACACGACGAAAGUAACUCGCACGCACAUCACACCCGCACAGCGGAACUGUAACGUUGAUUGAACCAAAGGAUUGAUCAAAGAAUUGUGCUUUCUGUCAGUGCCAGGUUUAAGGCUAAAAGUCGAACCACGAGUCGUUCGAUUUUCGGGAGUUUAGAGGUGUUAUUUGGUGCCGACCUUUCGGUUGAAACUGUAAACUUUAAUUGGGGCCAUUUUGAGGAUAGAUAUAGUAAAAUGGACCAAGAAGUCUUGACAACGCUCAAAUUACUAAUGAUAGGUGAAACUAACGUAGGAAAGUCUAGUAUAUUACUCCGAUUCACUGAAGAUGAGUUCAAUGAAAACAUGCAGAGCACAGUCGGUAUGGAUUAUAAAACUAAACAGAUCACCAUCGACGGUAAUACGGUUAAACUCGCGAUUUGGGAUACGGCCGGCCAGGAACGUUUUCGUACAUUAACGCCAAGUUACUACAGAGACGGGCAAGGUGCAAUUCUGAUGUUCGAUGUAACAGACAGACAUACAUUUACGAAGCUUGAAACUUGGCUAAACGAACUCAACACUUACUGCAACAAAAUAGAUAUUGUGAAAAUGGUUGUGGGGAACAAAAAUGACUUGCCCAACAGGGAAGUCAGCAUGGAGGAGGGCUUGGAAUUUGCUCGGCGACACCAAACUUUAUACAUUGAAAGUAGUGCAAAAACUGCUGACGGAGUAAGGUGCUGUUUUGAAGAACUCGUUGAAAAGAUAAUACAAACUCCUGGACUAUGGGAAGCUAAUUCAACCAGAAUGUAUGGUGGUGAUAGUUUAGGCGGAACGAGGCAUCGCCUGGGUAAAAGAGGAGUUCAAUUGACAGACGAUUACGAACCACAAAAUCCUUACUCAAAUUGCUAUUGCAGUUUAGUUUAGCAAAACAUCACAAGCUUCGAAUUAAUUUUACACGCCAAUCACUCCAAACUAGGUACACUGGGAGCAGCUUGUGGUAUAGCGAAAAAAAAAACUAAACCAUAAUAAUGUCUUCUCUGGCUAAUUUCUAUUGACCUUAGUUUGUAAGACAACCAAUCUGGAAUCCGAAGGGAUUCUUUAAAGAAUUCCAUACACGAAAUGGUCUGGAGUAAUGUAAAUAUAUCUAUGGUGCAUAUGAUGUGGAGAACGUUUUAGAAAUUGAUAAUUACUGAUCAAAAAUCUAAUCUUAACGACCAGUCAAUUCGAUUAUCUGCAUUAUUCUUCAAAUUUUUUCUAUGCUAUUUUUUAAUUCGGUUUUUGUAAUGCUACUUAUAUUUGAAAUUAUAAGUACACCCUAUCCUAUCGCUAAUUGUUCAGCUGUUUUUGUAAUACUAGCACUCCUUAUUUUAAGAAUUUUGAGGUUCAUAUGCUUGGCCUUUUAGUUUUUGGUCUGUCAUACAAUAAUUACUUCAGAUUUCUUAAGUAAAUGUCGAAAUAAUUUUUCCUCUCGAAAUUUUUUGUUUGUACAACAUGUCAACUUGUAAAGAGCAUAUUUAUUUGUAAAUAAAAGAGCCUUUCAAUAAUCGUA